AUGACGGCUACCGGACGUCUCCUCGCCAAGAAACUAUCGUACCCGACCGUGCGCCGCGCCGACGUCGUCGAGCAUCUGCAUGGCGUGCAAGUGGCCGACCCGUACCGUUGGCUCGAAGACCCCGACGCUGCGGAAACGCGCGCGUUUGUGACCGAGCAGAACGAUAUGACGCAGGACCUCUUGCGUCAUACCGUCCCCUAUGUCGCCGAAACCAAAGCGCGGUUGACCGAUCUCUUUAAUUACGAAAAGUACACGGCCCCGCGUAAGUACGGCUCAAAGUACGUGUUCAGCAAAAACGACGGCUUGCAGAACCAGAGCGUGCUGUACAUUCAAGCGACAUUGGACAGCCCGCCCCGCGUGCUCUUGGACCCGAACGCUUUAGCGACCGACGGGACCGCAGCGCUCGCGAGUCGCGCGUUCUCCGAGUCGAAGUUGAACGACGGAAAGCUCUUUUUGGCCUACGGGAUCGCACGCGGCGGCUCGGACUGGCAGACGAUCCACGUCCUGGACGUGCAGGACGAAGGGACGACAGUGCUCGAAGAUACGGUCGAGUGGGUCAAGUUCUCGGGCAUUAGCUGGACACACGAUGACAAGGGGUUCUUUUACUCGCGGUACCCACCGCUAGCAAAGACGGUACAAGGCGGUGCGAAGAACGAGGAGCACGAAGAGAAGGAGCACGAAGAAGAAGCUGCAGUGGAGAAGGGGACCGAGACGGACGCAAACAUGAACCACCAAGUGUGGUUCCAUACGCUGCACACGUCGCAGGCGCAGGAUAAAUUGGUGUACGCGUACCCAAGUGAGCCGACGUUCAACGUGGGAGCUGAAGUCUCGGACGAUGGCAAGAAGUUGCUCCUGUACGUGCACGACGGGUGCAAGAAUGCCAACAUGGUCCAUGUGGCGGACCUGCGCGACUUUGACAGCUUCUUGAAAGGACCGAGUGACUCGACGAUUGCAGUGACGAAACUUGUGGACAACAUGGACGCCGCGUACUCGUACAUUCUCAACGACGGAGACGUCUACUACUUCAAGACGAAUGCGGAUGCUCCACGCGAGCGCGUGGUGCGUACGAAGCUGGUGGACGGCAGUGCUACGCCCGUGUGGGAAGAGGUGAUCCCUGAACAGCCGGAUGCGAUUGUGAUUGAUAGCGUGCACCCCGUGGCGCCCAAUCUGCUUGUUGUGCAGAUCGUGAAAGACGUGCACAACGAACUGCACGUGUAUAACCUCGAUGGCGUGUUCCUGUACGAGAUCCCACUGCCCAGUGUCGGCACGGUCGGGGUAGCAAGCAAACGCACCGAGUCGGAGCUGUUUUACCACUUCGUGUCGUUUCUCUACCCGGGGUCUAUCUUUCGCAUUGAUCUGUCGAAGACGGGAGCAACGUCAACCACAGCGCCUGUGGCUGAAGUGUUUCGUGAAACGACGGUGAAAGGUUUCGACCCCAGUCAAUUUGAGGCGGAGCAAGUGUUCUACCCGUCUAAGGACGGCACGAAGAUUCCCAUGUUCCUCGUGAAGCGUAAGAGUGCACCGAAAGAUGGUCAAUUGCCAGUGUACCUCUACGGCUACGGCGGCUUCAACAUCUCGCUCACGCCGGCUUUUAGCGUAUCUCGACUCGUGUUUGUCCAGCACUUUAAUGGCAUGUUGGCGCUACCGAACUUGCGUGGCGGUGGUGAGUACGGAGAGCAAUGGCACCAAGCUGGCAUGCUGCACAAGAAACAGAAUGUAUUCGAUGACUUCCACGGCGCUGCCGAGUAUCUUAUCGCGGAAGGCUAUACGAACCCAGAGAAGAUUGCGAUCCACGGCGGGUCCAACGGUGGUCUGUUGGUGGCGGCGACCAGCAACCAGCGCCCUGAUCUCUACCGUUGUGUGGUAGGCGCAGUGGGUGUCAUGGACAUGUUGCGUUUCCACAAGUUCACCAUUGGUCACGCGUGGCGCACGGACUACGGCGACCCGGACGUGGCGGAUGACUUUCACUACAUUCGGCAGUACUCGCCGCUCCACAAUGUUCCACGCGCUGAUAGCCCCAUCAUGCAGAAGCUUGCCGAGCGUGGUGGGUUUCCGUCAGUACUGCUAACUACUGGUGAUCAUGAUGAUCGCGUUGUGCCCCUGCACUCGUACAAGCUCAUCGCGGAGCUACAACAUCAGCUCGGGAGCUCCGAGGCACAGACGAACCCGUUGCUGAUUCGCAUCGAUACGAAGUCCGGUCACGGAGCUGGUAAGCCGACCACCAAGAUCAUUGAAGAAACGUCUGAGGUGUUUGCCUUUAUCGCGUGGAACCUUGGUACGCCAUUUGUUGCGUAA